AUGCGGUUGCUGAAUAGUCAAGUCUCGACUGAUCUUGAAAAAACUUGCUGCUUGUUUGUGUCCUGUUUGUCUGUAGAUUUCAUCGACCACCGAGAUGACCUCAGUUAUGGUCUGGCCGGCUUCAUGAACCCGGCCGAUGAGACUUCUCUGGGUCGUCAGUUAAUUUCUCACGUCCUCAGGGCCGAGCACGACCCAAUCGGUCCGCCGCCUGACUGCACACUCGACUACGGUUACGAGGGUGGAGCCUCUCAGGCCGAACCGACCGGUAGAGAUGGACCUCAACAGCGAUUGACGGCGUUUGACAGCCAACUACUAACGAGGACUGGGCAACAGGACAGGUUCGAUCUAAUGUCCAUUCACACGGACAGCACGACCAGCAGCCAGGCAUUUGACGAGCUUCCCGCCUAUGGUGGCCAGUUUAACGAGGUGGAUAUUGCGUAUAACGGCCAUUUGAUUGGCAGACGGGAGGAAAAUUCAAGAAGAUGA